AUGGAGGACGACGAGACCGGCGCGAAAAGACAAAUCCGACUGGAGAUUGCAGACAUGCGGAUGGUGUGGGUGCCUGCGAUGGCGGUGACUACUGGUGCGGCUAUAGGACUUAUGCGGGGAGGACGGGAGGCGUCGCUGCGGUUCCUUGCAGAAAACGCGCACCGACCGCCCACUACGGUGCAGGGCUGGUACUUUUACAAAAAGACGAAAAACUACAAGGUGAUGCUGGGUGCGGUGAAGGGAGCCGGGCGGGACGGAGGACUGGUGGCGGGGAUCGCAGGGGGCUACAUGGGGCUUGAAUGGGGACUGGAGCAGGUCGGGUGGGGCAGCGUGAAGGAGGUUGGGGCGGGGAUUGGGACAGCAGUGGGGUUUAGUGCAAUCAGCCGGCUGCCGAUGCAGGUCGCACGGCGCACGGUGGCGCUGGGGGCAGUGUACGGGCUUGUGAUGAAGGGGCUCGGCUGGAUGCGGGGGGGAGUGACGGCAGCGGACGGCAUCCGGGGAGAGGCCGAUGGGGUAGACAGUAGAUAUAAUGUGGAGCGCGGAAUAAGGAACAAACUCUGGCCAGACCCGCAGCUCACCCCGCGUCCUCAGGAAAAGAAUCCCUUCGAGUGUGGCCCUGUCCACCCUCUGCUCUCCCCUGCCCUCUUUCCCCCGGCUUCCCCCGUCCCCGCCGCAGCCGAUCCCACGCCGGCCCAUGCUGCCCAGCCCACCACUCAGCUCUCCCUCCAUGCUCCCGUCUUCAAAAUGCAGCAGCCGCCCCCACCAAAGAACCAGCUGCCCACCACCUCCCCACAGGCCGCCAUCUCCCGCGGCCAGAUCCAUGUAAAGCUCAUCCAGGCCCGUGCACUCUCCGUCCGCGCUCACAACGCCCGCCCCUACUGCGUCGUCCAGUUCGAGCAGAACGAGUUCGUCAGCAGGGACCCCAUCCCAGAGUCAGACAAGGAGGUCAAGGGAAAACCCGUUAUUCUCUCCCGUCAGACUUCCUCAAACGCCAUAUCUGCUCUCGACGCUAUCGGCUCCAGGCACGAUGCAAGUCGCAAGAACAGCAGGGGUAGCAAGGACUCGUCGCCCUCUACCUCUCUCGUAUCCGCCGCCUCAAAGGCCCUCUCCUUCUCCCACCAGAAUAACAACUCCUCUGGCAUCUCCAACGGUCUUUUUGGUCGUAUCUCCCCCAACAAUCCCGCCUGGAAGCACGAGGUCUCAUUCGAUGUCACUUCAGAGGAAGAGCUCAUCACAGUCAAUGUCUAUGACCGCGCAGUCUCCGACCAGGGCUUCCUUGGAACAGUUCAGAUAAAGCCCGUUCUUAUCCACGACCACACCGUCGACCAGUGGUACAAACUUAGACCUUUGGAGGACGAAAUCGUUAGCGGCGAAAUUCGCAUCCAGGUCACCUACGAGGCCUACAAGACUAAACGUGCCCUCACUCCCCGCGACUUUGAAUUCCUCAAACUCAUCGGCAGAGGCACCUUUGGCAAGGUCUUCCAAGUCAGGAAAAAGGACACAAAGCGCAUAUAUGCCAUGAAAGUCCUCUCCAAAAAGGAGAUCGUCGCGAAAAAGGAAGUCGCUCACACUAUCGGCGAGCGCAAGAUCCUCCAGCGCUCCCUAGACUCUCCCUUCCUCGUUGGACUCAAGUUUAGCUUCCAAACAGAUACCGAUCUCUAUCUCGUCACAGAUUUCAAGAGCGGCGGCGAGCUCUUUUGGCAUCUCCAGCGCGAGACCCGUUUCUCAGAAGACCGCGCCAGGUUUUACAUCGCCGAACUCAUUUUGGCCUUGGAGCAUCUACAUAAAUUCAAUAUCGUCUACCGCGAUCUCAAGCCGGAAAAUAUUCUCCUCGACGCAACCGGCCAUGUCGCUCUAUGCGAUUUUGGUCUCUCCAAAGCCGAUCUGCGCCCCGAUGAACUCACAACCACCUUUUGUGGCACAACAGAGUACCUCGCCCCUGAGAUCCUCCUUGAUGAGCAGGGUUACUCCAAGAUCGUCGACUUUUGGUCAUUGGGCGUCCUAUUGUUUGAAAUGUGUUGCGGCUGGAGUCCAUUCUAUGCCGAAGAUACUCAGCAAAUGUACAAGAAUAUAUGUUUUGGGAAGAUUAGAUUCCCCAAGGGUGUCAUCAAUGAUGAAGGAAAACAGUUUGUUAAAGGUCUUCUGAACCGGAACCCGAAGCAUCGUCUCGGCGCCGUACGCGACGCAGAGGAACUCAAGGAACAUCCCUUUUUCAAAGGUAUUGAUUGGGUUGCCCUCGCUCAGAAAAAGGUUACGCCACCCUUCAAGCCCGUCGUAGAGAGUGACGAGUCCACAAACAACUUUGACCCCGAGUUUACAUCCGCCGACAUACGCGAUAUCGGUAUGGCGGAAAUCAUGGGUAUGGACCAUGACCAGGAUCUCGACGACGACGAUCCUUCAGAAGCCUGGGUCUCACAAUCAUUCAACGUCAAUGGUCACACUCCCAAUGGUCCCUUGGGGAGCGAGCGGCCCAAACCAACCAGUCCCCUCGGCACCAUCACCAAUGGCACAAGCUACAGCUCUUCCACGCACACAAAUGGGAACACCACAACCCCGCGUUCGCAGGGUAUCCAGAUCAAGCGGCCCAAACGCGCCAAGGAGCCUGCGGGAAGCCCACUCACAAACAGCGUGCAGGAAAACUUCCGCGGCUUCACGUACCACGGAGGCGAGAGCGUUGGUGCCCCUCUUUCCAUGUUUGCCGCCAGCCGGCGGCGCGCUGCAGAGGAAGAGGCCGUUGCGGACGAGGAGGCUCCCGAGGUAACGACCGAGGACGAGAUUGAAGACGUGGGCCGCAGUGCAGGCCGCUAUGCGAACAACCGGCGGAAUGGACGCACACCCAUGUUUGACGACGAUGAUAUGCUGUCCUGA